GAACGAAUGGGCUACAGUCGUGAAAAAAGAAAGGAAACUAAUUCAGUAAAGUUGUGAUAGAAACCAAGAUAUCCCUAGAUUUGUUUAUAGUAUGAGUUUUGGAUCAAUAUUACCCGGGGGAUCCGUUUUGAAGUCACGAAGAGUAACGUAAUCAUGGAUGCGUCGAGUGAGGUGGCAUAUGUGAAAGUCACAAGAGCUGAUCCUACUCAGAUUUUCUGUGUGUCCGCGGAACAGAAGAAGCAUUCUAGCAUUCUACCUCAAAAAUAAUUUUUGAAUGGAAUGUUUUGUAUAUGUAUUUCCGAAGCAGGGCGCCGGUCAAGGGGGUUAUCUCUCGGGAUGCAGACGAUGAUAUACCUGAGGAAGUAGGUGAAGUGAUUGGUGCAGGCCGACUGACAUGUAUGGUGGAUGGACUGGUGAGAUUAUGGAGAAUGACGAUGAUACCAAGGAAAACCCCCAGUCACAAGUCAAGAACUCAGUCAGCAUGGAGAAGAACUGCGGCGACGAAGACACUUUCAGGCUUCACAUGGUCACGUGGAAUGUUGCUACAGCUGAUCCCCCAGAUGACAUCAGCUCCUUGCUUCACCUGAACUCCCCAAAGACCCCAGACCUCUACGUGAUUGGUCUCCAGGAGGUGUACUCUGCUCCUCACAGGUUCAUCAUAGACAUGGCUGUUGAGGACUCCUGGAGCCAUCUCUUCAUGUCCAGCCUGGCACCACGAGGCUACCUGAAGGUGUCCUCCAUCCGCAUGCAGGGCCUCCUACUGCUGUUCUUCUCCAAACUGGCCCACGUUCCAUUCAUUAGAGACAUCCAGGACACCUACUCUCGCACAGGCAUCUCCGGCUACUGGGGGAAUAAAGGCGGGGUGUCCAUCCGCCUGUCUUUCUACGGCCACAUGCUCUGCUUCCUCAACUGUCACCUGGCGGCACACAUGCAGUACGCCUCGCAGCGUGUCGACGAGUUCGAGUACAUCCUGGACACGCAGACCUUUGACCCCAAAAAGACCCCGCACAUCCUCGACCACAAGUUGGUCUUUUGGUUUGGGGAUUUGAACUUCCGCAUCCAAGACCACGGCAUGCAUUUUUUGCGCAACUGCAUCACCAGCCAUAAGUUCAACUUGCUGUGGAGCAAAGACCAGCUGACCAUGAUGAAGAAGACUGAGGCUCUCCUGCAGGAGUUUGACGAGGGACCUCUGGACUUUCAACCAACCUACAAAUUCGACAGGUUCUCUGACUGCUAUGACAGCAGUGGUAAGAUGCGUAAGCCGGCCUGGACAGACCGGAUCCUGUGGAGGGUGAAGCCUAAAGAGCCACCCCCAGAGGCGGAGAAGGACGAGGACAGGGACUCUGGUCUGGAUGAGAAGAACACCAAGAAUCAGCAGGAGGAGGAAGAGUUCCCUCUGAAACUCAAGCAGGAUUCGUACACCAGCAACAUGGAGUACGGCGUCAGCGACCACAAGCCUGUCAUCGGCAUCUUUACCCUGGAGUUGAGGAAGAUGUACGAGGCGCCGUUGGUGCGCGUGUGUGCCGAGGGUGAAUGGAGCGCCGACUUUGACGCCAUGGUGAUCUACAGCCCCCUCCAGCCCUUCCCUUCUAGCGCCUGGGACUGGAUCGGCCUCUACAAGGUGGGAUUCAGGAGUGUUUCGGACUACAUUACCUACACCUGGGUGAAGGAUGAUGAGGUCUCGUUUAAUGACGAGCUCACCCAGGUCUAUGUGAGCAAGGAUGAGAUUCCGGCGCUGGGAGGGGAGUGCGUGCUCUGCUAUUACUGCAGUACGCUCCAAUGCAUUGUGGGUAUUAGCUCACCCUUUAAGGUACACGAGUCCAAGGUGGCCGUUGAGGAAGGUCUCGCGCUGGACUUUAUUGCUGGACCAAACAUGACCUCUUAACACAGUCUGUCUGUCGAUGCUGUUACACAUUUGACCUUUGGCCUGUCUGCAAGCUGUGGUGCUGCUGAAGUCAUGGAAUGUUACCUAACUGUAGGCCAGUGCACUUUGUUCAUAACUGUUUCUGUCUUGUUCUCCGCUGCCAGUUGUGGCAACAGUAACAACAUUAAGCUACGUGUUUUAUUUAAGUUCUGUUCAGGUGUUGAUCCCGCUUUUAAAAUCAGUCGCAGAGAGAUAUUGGCAGUAUCGUUUUAAGAAAGGUUCAGUGUUUUUGCUCAGUGUAUUUUGUGUUGUGUGUUUUGUCUCUGGGAUUGAUACAUAACACAUAUUGGACAUUGUCAGAUGUUCCAUGUAGGUUGUACAGAAGUCGAACAUUUAACUUCAGAGUCGUGGCUGUUUCACUUGAGAAUUCGACCAAUCGUAUCAUGGUAUUGUUAAUGCAUGAUUAUGACAUUGUUUUAAAUAAUGGUUGAUACAUUUACAUUUUCCCUCCGCUAACAAAACGCUUUGUGCUGUGCCAUUCCGAGAAAUAUAUCGCACAAUUUGUUCCUGUUCACAUUCAUGACCAUGCCCUUUUUAUAGAUGUGUGUAAAAGGUUACUGGUUUAGGUAUUUAUUGUAGUCAUUGUGGUUCAAGUAAGUAUGAUUGGGGAUGAGAAGUUAUCUAAGAAAACAGUGGAUUCAACAAGUGCCUCAAUGUUAACAACCAGUCGAUAACUGUUCAAUGGAUGCUUUGGUACAAAACUAUAGAAUUCCUCAUUGAUUAUCUAUUGGUGUGUUUGAAAAUGAUUAUUGUUCUUAAAAAAUAUGCAAGUCUUUCUUGUUCUGUACACAUCAACAUUUAAUCUAUAGAACUUCUUGUACUUUUUUUUGGACCAAUUUCAGCAUAAGCGCGAGACCUGUUCAAAAGUCUAUUUGCUUAUUGAAAACGCUUGUACAUUGACUCUGUAUUUACAGUAUAUUGAAAAUUAGGAGUGCUCUAUUUUCUCAGUAACGUGUGGUAAAUGAAUGAAAACAAAUAUUAUACUGUAACCUAUUUAAAGCUGAAAUAAAAAAAUGUAAAUGAA